CCAAUCACAAUAAUCACAUGCGAGCAUGCAGUGAAUCGCAUUCAACGACGUUAUAUAUGUAAUGAGCGCAAAAAAAUAUUCGUACAGGGGAGAUUUUUAUAAAAGUAAAUAAUUGAAAUAAUUGAAAUUCGUGCACUUCGCACGGACCGAAUUGGUAAUGGUCAUCAUUUCGUGCCCCCACCCUUGCAUGCGCAAUAGCUUGUUUCUUUAUACCGGCGAAAGAGGUUAAGUACACGGCAGUGUUUAUAUAUCUCACUGGUACGCGCACAUGACUUACUAAGAAAUUUGGAACUGUUUGAAGCUUCAUAAUUAUAUAGAAUUGUAAGAAAAAGUAGCUACUGCAUUGAAAUACGUUGUUAUUAAUAAAACAUGGCCUAUCCGACGUGUAAUUUAGCAGAGUUGAUCGUCGACGAGGUUGCCUUAGAAGGGUUAGACGGCAUUACUUUACAAGCAUUGUGGUUGCGAUUAGCAAACAGAUACAAUGAAUCCCAGCCAUUCACUAAGUUCUUCAUGGAGCAGGUGUGGCUUAUAUGCACAAAAGUGAAGGAUUUUCAGUUUUACGAAUUGGAGACACCCAGAGAGCCACUUGUAAUAUUCGAUCGUUAUGAGUUUGUGCAUCCAGAUCUUGGUAUCAUACUCGAGCCACCAACCGUUCCGCCGGAUAUUUAUCCUCACUGCCCUAUUCAAGAUUUUAAGACAGGUGUGAGGGGAUCUUGCGCCACGUAUUACACAAGGAAAGAUAUCACAGACGCUGUGAGAGACGCAAGUUUGGACGAGAUGACAGAAAAGUAUGGGCUAAGCUUGGUGAUUGUAGCAUCUCAGCGCGUUAGGACACAAGCUUUGAUGGGCGUCAACGUAAAUCCGACGUUGGAACUGACUAUCAUGCGCUACUGCUUCCUGGAGAGAGUGGGCCGAGCUCGUUACCACGGCGAGGUUACUCAAGGUAAACUCAGCUUGGCCGCGCUCAAGGAGGAUCCAAAGACCCUGUUCUAUCACCGAAAGUUUCUGCUGCAGCACAAGCUGAUUACGAAGCAGGUCCACCAUCAAAAGAGCGCCGGACAUUGCGGCAGCGGUAGUCUGUUGCAUCUGACGCGUUUCUACGUGGAGCGAAAGCCGAAGAUGAUCUACCUGGCGGAACAGGUGCUCGAUAUUCUACGAACCAAAGAGAAUGGCGUGGCCGAAUACGACGAGAUUAAGAAAAAGCUUGGAAUCGAGAAUUCUAUCAAGAAACUGUUUAGAACGGCCUUCUUUCAAAAGAUCGUAAAGACGGAUAUCACCGUGCCGUAUAGGACUUUGUAUCCGAAAGCCGAGUCCAACGAGUGGCGGCAAAAGCAAGAUCCUUCGAAGGAGAAAAAGAUAAGAGUCGUGCAGGUGCUGUAUCCGGAUGUCGAUGUUGCUGAUAUAUGGAAUAAAGAAGAGAAGGAUGACGACGAAGACAUCGUUGAAUUGGAUGUGUCUAAUCAUAAAUUUAGUGUUCCUUAUCUGAAACAAGCAAAUGCUAUUAUUGAGGCUAGGCAAUCGGAAGGUAUAUCCCAAGCUCGUUUGGGAAAGGAGAUGGGCCUCACCAAAUUACAGGCUAGAUCAUUUCUGAGAAAUAUGGUGAAGUCGCGCAUCAUUGCAACGUAUAUGGACGAUAUGGGCCGGCAGAGGAUUACAAAGUAUGUCUCGAAGAAAUUCGAAAAAAGUAGCAAAAUGAGUAAGCAAUUUAACAAAGAGGUACACAAGAUUAAAGAGCUCUCCAGGAAAAUAAUUAGCAAGAGCAAAGAGAAUCUGAGGAACACAACGAUCUCGCAAGCAGAAAACGAAGAGCACUCCGCGAUCCAUGAAGACGACCAAACAAGUAAAAAAUCCUGUAUCGACCGUCACGUUGAUGAAACUGAUGUUGAUGCACCAGUUAUUGAAGAUAAGACUGAAGAGGAGAAAGAUAUUUAUGCAGAUGCAAAAAAGGAAAUGGAAUUGAAGAAUUUGUUCUAUGUCGUCAAUGGAAUUUUGCGCAAGUACCAAUUGUCAAAAUUCGGAUCUAAAUACAGAUGCACAACGUCGAAAUCUUUAUUAAUGAAGCCAAAGGAUUCCGAUAGCAACGCGAAGGAGCAGAAAGCGAAGCUCGACGCUAUGUCUACGUCUAUGCAGCAGAUCGUCAACGACGCCAAAGCCACAUCAUUUUAUAACAGCAUAAAGACGAAUUUGAUAGCGCAAAAGCCCAUUCGCACUGGGAAAGGAAUUAGUGAGGUCUUUGGUUUCAUGGAAGUCGUGCAGAACAGCGAGAAUAAAAACUCUAAUAUUACAUAUAGAUUGUUAAGGCGUGCCAACAUGAUAAUCGAGGCAGUGAAGGAACAUCAAGUGAUUGAUGAUACAGCGAAACUCAUGAAGAUGAUCUACGAGGAAGAAGAUAAAGAGGGCUAUGAUGUGAAGAUUGACAAGAAGUCUCUCAUCAGACUACUGCAGAAACUUGCCAAGGAUAACCUGGUGAAGAACAUUAAGUUGACCUUGAGUGCAAAUGGACGCGAGAAGAACUUGACGUUUAUUUGCGAUCCCAACAUCGACACCGAUCAUACCGUGAUUAAGUCGGCCGUCGAGCAAGCGAAGGUCAAGUUCUGUUUAUUGGCGUCUCAGAAGGCGAGGAUGCUCGCAAAGAAGACGGAUAAGCAGGACAAGGCGGACAAGACGGACAAGUCGUCGGGCUCUAAGGAACGAUUGCAGGAGCCCAACAAGACGGCGUCUAAAUUGUCUUCCGUCAACUACAAGUACGAUGCCAGGGCUGGCAAGCAUUACGGUUUCAGCCCGAAAUUCGUCAGGAUGCGGAUGAUGCACAUUCUGCUCUUCUACCUGGUCUACGAUCACCCUGGCGUACCGAAAUUAUCUCAGCAAGAACAGGUGAAGAUUCUCAAAUCCAAAGGAUACGAGAUGGACGACGAUCUCGUCCAGGAGUUCAGUACCAUUUACAACACCGACGUAAGUUGGAAGAUGUUCAUCCCGCCCUUGCCUAAACACAUCGGAUGGUCCGACGGUUGGACGCUGAUGUGCGACGUUCUGUUAGGCCUGCCCUUAUAUAUUUUCGUCAAGGUGCAUAAUAUUACCUUUACGAUCCCGGAAUUGGAGCACUACUUAAAUCAUCCGAUCAGGAAAUAUUAUCUUGUCAAAAACCUUCCGGUCAUCAUACGCAAUACUCUUUUGCAUGCGCGGAAGUAUAUAUUCAAUAUCCAUGAUACUAUAACCAGAUUAGGCUACAUUGGCUUGGUGCAAUUUGGUCCGCAACGGCUGAAAGACAAAGAUCAAGUAUUCAUCUAUGUGAAUCGGCGCACGGAACUGAUGGAUACGACCACUUCGGCACCGAGUUAUCACAAGAUCGAAGAUAAGACGUAUCCAGUGACAAAGUAUUUCUUCGAUAGCACGCAGAGCGUAUCGAAAUAUUGGUACGAUAUGUGGACGAUUUGCGUUAAUACUCUACUUGGCGGUAGGCUGGUGGUACAUGGCAAGGACAUUCUACUUGAGGAUUUAAGCAAAAAGACUGCUAUGAUAGAAGCGGUUGCAGCACGCAAUCCUAAAGAGGCUGCGGAAAGAGAUACCGGUGUAGUUCCCGGAGAUCAUAAAGGAGCGGCUGGUCUCGACUCAGCUUUCUUCGCUCAUCUGAAACGCAAUUGGAACUGGUCAAGCAAUUAUCCUACGCAUCAGCAGGUGAGCGAAGAAAUCUCAUCCAGGAUAGAAAAUGAUUGCGUUGAUAAGACUUCUAGGAAUUAUGGAAAAUCCGGCACGGGCCAACGGGACUUGCAUCUAUCGAAAAUUCAAGCGAAACCAGUUAAGUAUACGGAGUACGACGGUCUGAAGAAGAUCUUGGGGCCGCCACCGCCACCGUCUACCGUCAGCAUGACCGAAUUACGGAAGAAGGUACACAAUCAGCUCAGCACUGCCGGACGGAAGAACGAGGCCCUACCGUCGCAUCAGUCCAGCAGGCAGAAGUCCUUCGUGCGGCGUGUGAUGCCGCGCAAGAAAAGUGUACGGAAGCGCCGUCUCAAGUACGACGAGGACGACUACCGGGCGAUGCAGCAGAUGAAUAAGCUGCGGGUAGAGUGGGAGACUCACGAAGACAAUAUCCUGCUGGUAUGCAAAGUGGCGACGACCUACCUGUCGCCGAAUCCGCGCAAGCAGGUGGUCAGCUUCAUAGCUGUGCGGGAUGUCCUGCGAACGUUCUCCUACAGCUCGUACAACAAGACCUCGCGCGCCUGCCAGCGCCGGUUGAUGUACAUGCUGCGACAGCCGCGCACGGUGAACAGCGUCACGCUGGGCAUCGAGGAGAUCAAGCAGGAUCCGUUCGUCGAUAGGCGAUACGGCGGCGUGAUGGAAAGACUGAAGGGCGAGUGCUCGAGCUCGACGGAGUACGAGAAACGAGUGACGGAGGUUUUCAAGGAGCUCGUCGGCUAUAUCGUUAAGAAGUAUUACGACAUCGCGGAGAUCAAGCCAAAGGAGCAUAUGGCGAUGCCGAAGACCGUGCAGGAGUUUAAUCUUCUCUUCGAGGUGGUCCAUCCGAUGAAGCCGUCCCAUAAUCAGGGGUUCGUGAAGGACGUGCGAAGCAUAAAUGACAUUCAUUCGGCGACUAUCAAUUCCAUCAUACACAGUUCCAUGUGCUGUGGAAAGGACAGGCGGUCUUGGGCCUAUCAGCUCUUUAUGGUAUAUCAGCAUUAUUCGGAGACCCUUCUAAAGCAAGCGAUGAAUAAGAUCAGAUCGGAUCAAAUGGUGACGGUAAAGAAGCAUCACUUGGCGACUAUUAAAAAGUACGGCAACUAUAUGCCGAUGAGCAGUUCGCAGUAUCAACUGAGCAUUAACUAUAUCUACAAGUUCCAAACUAAAUGGACUUAUGAUGUCUUCAAGGAGACCUACGACGUCUUAAUUAGAUUACUGCAAUGGUAUUCCGAGCGCAAAAAUGUUCCUUUACAGGAACAAGAAACAGAAUUCAACGGUAUUGAGAUCCCGAUUUCCAGUGGCAUUGUUACCAUCAUGCAUGAUCUUCUAGCACGCGAUCAUAUCGACUUCGACAUCGAGAUGCCGGACCAAAUUAUUAUGUUGGAUGCGAGAUAUCAAGGCAAAGACGAUUUCAGGGUUGCCCAAAGGUACCAAGAUAUUUUGACAAGACUUUACCGUUUUAAGUUUGAGAACGUCGCCGCUCAGAAUGCUAGAGAUUCUGAAACGGAAGAAAUUUCCCAGGAAAAUUCUUUGAAAAGGAGAAAACUCGAGAACGACGAGCCUGAAGAACCAAUGUUGAAGAUCUCUCGUAAAAACGAGGAAAGUAUUGAUGACAAGCAAGAGAACUUCCAAUCUCAACAAAAUGAAAAUACAUCACUCGACAAGAAGCGAUCAUUUGACGAAAGCGACAAACCCGAAGAGACGAGUCCGAGGGAACGUUCUCAUGAGCAAAGUAGUAAGAAAACUCGUGCAAAUCGUUUAUCAAGAAAAAGAUCUGCCAAUAUUGAAGAAGAUUCCACGGACUGCGACGAGCAGCUUUCGAAGAGAGCAAGACUGAACUCCGAGGAUUCGAUGGAUUUCGAGGACUCGGAUGAAAAUGAGGAAUCUAAGCUUCUUGAAGAAGAAUUGUGCGAUGAUCUUGAAAGCAUUGAAAAAAUGCUUUCGGACAGCUCCAAACCUUUCAAAGUGAUGAAUGAAUUAAAGAAGCAGAUAAAAGAAGAUCCUUCGAUGCAGCCGAAUAUAACUGAUAUGACUUCAGUUCCCCGACGCGUCAGCGAGAUUAUCAAGAAUAUGUUGCCCGAGACGAACUACUUUAGUUCUUGCAGCAAGAUAGAAGAUACAAGUGACGUUCAAAAGAAAUAUACUAGAAUAGCCAUGCUGAGGAUGAGAGAGGAAUUAAACGAUCUCUCGGUAACCGACAGUCAUCACGCCCACGAAUACUUUGUGGUUAAUAGCUUCAGGAUGUUCUACAACUUGGAAUUGCCAUCGUCUUCAGUUGUAGAAGCAUCCGCGUCAUUAGACAUUGAGAACUUUAAAGGUCAUUCGGUGCCCAAUGAAUUAAUACCGUUGAAAAUCGAGAUUGUAAAUGACUUUCUGGACGAGUUAAAUCGGACUGCCAUUUUUCCGAAGAACGAUAUCUCUUACUCGGACUACAAGAGCGAGAUUGUGACGAAGAAGAAGGAAAUAGCAGUCGAUUGGAAAUAUGUCGACGCGGUGUGCGAGUUCGUCCAAGAGAAGAGAGAAAUCGGCGUCACUUCGCAGGAGCUGCUGGAUAAGUUCUUCGAUGAGCAAGGAGAAGAUUUGUACAAGGUCGCUUCGCUUUUAGUGGAGAAUCAUAUAUUUUUACGCUCUGGCGUCACCAAACCGCGCUAUAUUCAUCAUCGUUACGUGGAUCCUUGGUUAAUUCAUUCCUACAAGAUAUAUCGUCUUGAACAAGAAUCCCUAGUGCCAUUCAAGGACAGUAUAUAUGCCACAAUGCAGCCAGGGGAAAUGAACGCUGAGAUAAAUGCUGAGACGGAUGCGAAAAGUAUGAAUCUCCACAAUGAAGAAGAAAAUGCAAAUGAAAAACAUGAAAUAGAUAUUGCAAUAGCGUCAACAUCAUCGGACAACCAAGAAAGCAAAGAGAAGAAAAACGAAAAAACGGACAAUGAUUUAAUUAACGAGAAGAAUGAGAAGAAGGAAAGUAGCGAGAUCAACGAGGAGGGUACUUCGCGCACGAGAAAAAGAACAUGCAAGCAAAGGACGCGUUUACUCCCACAAAAGGACGUGUACAAAUCUGCGCAGCAACUAGAUUUCACAACUACCGAGGAAAUAAAGGUCGCGAUAAGACCAUGGAUACGCAUAGACGGCGUGUUAAAUCGCAAAGUUCUAGAUCGAAUGUUGGGUGCGGUUCUGAGUUACUGCUUGCUUCAUCCCGGGCUCACGAUGGUGAAAAUGCAAAGCAGAUUCGUUCCCGCUCUACAACCCUAUCAUACGCGUGAAUUGCUUGAGAUGCUGAUCAAGUUGGGAUGUUUAAAGAGUAAGCUCUUGAAGAAAACGCGCGUUACUCUAUUCUCUGCACCGCCUGUAGUUAACAUCAGUAAUCUAACUGCAGACACUGUUGGUUGGUCCGCUGAAGAUGAAAUAGUACUUGAGCCUACCAUAGAUGCUAUAUUAAAGUUUAGUAUAUUUUUGAGUACAAGGACAUAUAGCACAGAUUUUAUGCCGUAAAUAUAUAUAUAUAUAUAUAUAUAUA